GGUAAACAAACAGGGCGCCGCCGCCGUCAUGCCGACGGUGCACCUCCCAGCUCUCACUCGACGACCUUCCGCAGCCGCCGCCCCGCCGCCCCCGAGGAUGAAAAGUGUCGUCGCCGCCGCUAAAAUGGCCAACAAGGCCCACAGGAGGGUCUUCGUGGUCGGUGUGGGAAUGACAAAGUUUGAGAAGCCUGGGAGACGUGAAAACUUUUCUUACCCUGACAUGGCUAAGGAGGCUGUCGGGAAGGCCCUCAAGGAUGCCAAACUCACCUAUGAUAAAGUAGAGCAGGCAGCCGUCGGCUACGUGUAUGGUGACUCCACCUGUGGCCAGCGUGCCCUGUAUGAGGUGGGCAUGACUGGCAUCCCCGUCUACAAUGUCAACAACAACUGCUCCACUGGCUCCACUGCACUCUUCAUGGCCCGCAACCUGGUGAGAGGCGGACAGGCGGACUGUGUGCUGGCCCUCGGCUUUGAGAAGAUGGAGCGCGGGUCCCUCUCCAGCAAGUACCACGACCGGGAGAACCCAGUUGAGAAGCACGUGAUGGCUCUCACCGAAGUGGCAGAGCUUGAUGCUGCUCCCAUCGCACCCCAGAUGUUUGGCAAUGCUGGGGUGGAGCACAUGAAGAAGUAUGGCACCACCCAGCUCCACCUGGCCAAGAUUGCCCACAAGAACCACAAACACUCCACCAACAACCCGUACUCACAGUUCCAGGAAGAGUAUUCCCUGGAGCAGAUCCUCAACUCUCCCAAGGUGACUGGCCCCCUCACCAAACUGCAGUGCUGCCCCACCUCCGAUGGUUCCGGGGCUGCCAUUCUCGCCUCGGAGGAGUUCGUCAUUGCCCACGGCCUCCAGGACCAAGCGGUGGAAAUUGUGGGGAUGGAAAUGACCACAGAUUUCCAGUCCACUUUUAAUGACCAGAGUGCCAUGAAGAUUGUUGGCUAUGACAUGACCAAGGUGGCAGCCGAGCGGGCAUUCGAGUCAGCUGGACUGACCCCCUCGGACGUGGAUGUUAUUGAGCUGCACGACUGUUUCUCCGCCAACGAGCUCAUCACUUACGAAGCUUUAGGACUGUGUGGGGAGGGAGAGGCCGGCCACUUCAUCGACUCCGGCAACAACACCUACGGCGGGAAGUAUGUGGUCAACCCCUCAGGCGGACUCAUCUCUAAAGGCCACCCUCUCGGAGCCACAGGCCUUGCCCAGUGUAGCGAGCUGUGCUGGCAGUUGCGAGGGAAAGCCGACAAGCGACAGGUUCCCGGGGCUAAAGUAGCUCUUCAGCACAACCUUGGUUUGGGUGGAGCAGCCGUUGUCACGAUCUACAAGAUGGGCUUCAGAGGCAAUGACAGGAAAAUUGUAGCUGCAGCCACAGCAGCUGAUGAGUUCAAGAGUGCCUCAAUCUUCGCAGCUAUUGAGAAUGCCCUGAAGGAAGAUGGGCCGGCUCUGGUCAACAAGGUGAAGGGUGUCUACUGCUUCCAAGUGAAGGGCGGCCCUGGAGGAACAGAGGGCAAGUGGAUCGUGGAUGCCAAGAACGGCUCAGGAGCUGUCAUCCGCAAUGGCACAGGCAAGGCAGAUGUUACCAUCACCAUGAGCGACAACGACCUGGUGGACCUGAUGGAGGGCAAGCUGAAUGCUCAGAAGGCAUUCUUCCAAGGCAAGCUGAAGAUCAAGGGUAACAUGGGUCUGGCCAUGAAGCUGCAAGAGUUCCAGAAGCAGGCUGCUCAGUUGAAGGCUAAGCUGUAGCAUGCCUCUAGCCCUGCCACUUCUCUUGUAUUUUUUAGCACUUUAUUUCUAAACUUCUCCAUACCAACCACCUCCUCAUCUACUCCCUGCUUCAGUGAGUGUCAAAAACAUUGCUCGCCAAAUGGCAACAGCUGCCUUAACAUGGCCUGACACAUUGCUUAUUAAUCCAUAAGCUGUCACACACCCCUAUCAGGCCAUUCCUGAGUAUGUGACAUACACUCACCCAUAGCCCCAACUUACUUCCAUAGGGGGUUAGAUUGUAGAUCAAGGCAUCACCUGCCAACCCUUGUCACCAUCUCCAGAUUCAGUCACCUGGCUGUCACAACAGAGGCUGGAAAGUUGUUUUGUGUUAUGAUAAGAAAGACACACAGGGAAAUGAGGCAUUGGAGGACACUAAGUUCCUUCUACUCCAUUCAGGAAUGAUACCAAGGUCAGAGGUCAAGUGUUCUAUAGCAUCUAGCAUCGAAUCUCCCUUCAUAUUUCCUGUUGAGAGGGACUUGUGUUGAAAGAUGUUGAGUAAUGGAGAGUAAAUUCAUCAGUGUAGGAGUAGAUAGAACAGUUUGUUUUUGAAAGAUUAUUAAUAAACAACAAAAAUAAAGCAGGAGAGGUCUGCAGAACACCAUUGUUCAUAGGCUCAGGGGUAGGAAGCUAAUUGAAAAUUAAUUAUUCAUUUCCAUAUAUUGGAUGUGAAUAUUUUUAAUACAAUUCUUAUAUGCAAGAUGGCGCCACUAUAAACACUCGCCUGCGCCAGAACGGGCUGGGCCGACCAUCAGGCCCCACCUGGAAGAAGCCUUGGGCUGACCAUCAGGCCCCACCAGGAAGAUGCCUACCGGCGCAAUAGGCAACAACGUAAAAAAAAAAAAUAAAUAAAUAAAAAUAUAUAGUCCCUAUUGGGUUCUUGUUUGUCACUGGCCAGCAAUCUGUUCCCGAAAAUCUCAUCUGGCCCCUACUCUGAAAAAUUGGCCUGACUUUGGUCUAUACACUCCAGUCUCUCUCUCAAAUAUGCUUUGUUCAGUGGCAGUAUUGUAACAUAUGCAGUUUACUUUGAAAACAUGAUGAAAUGUAUGUUUUCUCAUCAAAAUAAUAUGUAUAAUUAAUUGAUGAAGAUGAAGUUUAGGGCAUAUGAUAAGAUGCACGUGACCUCAGUUGUCAUCUAUGUCUCAUUGUCCUUUGAUCUUGUGAUGGAUCAGAACCCAUUAACACAGGGCAAGUGUGAUAUGCAAGGUGAUUGAUAACUACCCCCAAAAUAAUGAUAACUUUGUUUACUUAAUGGUGUCAUGAUAAGUGAAUUAGAAGUAAAGGAAUAAAGCUGUCACCAUUACAUUAGUGAGCUUUGUUUUUGACAAUCGCUGUGAUGGGCUGCAUCAACCUGACUUUCAAGCUUGUAAUUUCUUUCCAUGCCUCCUUCCAUUUUAUAGUUUAAGUGGUAUUCAAUUCAUCGUAUGUAUUAAUCACAAGAGGUUAUUCAAGGUCCAUUAUAUAACUUAGAAAUAUGGGCUUUUACCUGUACUAGGGCACAAAAAAAGGUAGUGUGGGGGUAAGCCAUUGCUGUCUCGAUAUAGAGAAGGCCUGAAAACUCAAAUUAUGUGCUAUCCAAGUAAGGCCGAGAGUGUCCCGCGCUCUUCAAUAAUUUUUUUAAUGCAUAUCUUUGUGAUUUUUUUUUUCAGUGAUAAAUAAAGGUUUUCCAACAUUAAUAUCUUAUAAACAUUAUCAAAUUAGACAUAAAAAAGAGGAAAUAAAUAAGAUUUAGUAUAAGGAGAGGGAGAAAUAUUCACACAAAAAAAUAUAUAAAUACAUUGACGGUCAUAACUGGGUAUUCCUAUUAGCUUGAUUUGUCACCAUUUCUAAAUAUCUAUUUUUGACAUUCAUAACGCUGUCAUUACCAUUACUAUAUUCAACAAGCCGAUCCUCCAUCCCGAUACUAGGCAACUCAGUCACCUGGUAUCUGGCAGUACGAGUGAGGGGGCUGCUAUAACCCUCAACUAUAAUAGUGGUAACUAACAAAAGGGCAUAGAAAAGCAAAGUCAGGGGAAGAAAAUAACAGAAAAACACCUAGGCUCAGGGUGAAGUGUAUAAGUGUGCACUGUGAACUAACUAAGUGCAUGGUGUGAAGUAUAGAAGUGUUGAGAAGGAGGACCUAAGAAGCGAUACAAAGCGUUACAGGUCAAAAGAUAAUACCUUUAUGUAAUUUGUAAUGCCAGAUAGUAGGUGACUGAGUUGCCUAUAAUAGUAUAGGGAUGGAGGAUCGGCUUGUUGAAUAUAGUAAUUGUAACGACAGCAUUACGAAUGUCGAAAGAGAUAUUUAGAUACGGUGACAAAUUAAAAUAAUAGGAGUCUACCCAGUUACGACUGUCAAUGUAUUUAUAUAAUUUUUUAUGUGAAUAUUUCUCCCUCUCCUUAUACAAUAUCUUAUUUAUUUCCUCUAUUUUAGGUCUAAUUUGAUGAUGUUUAGAUAUUGAUGUUGAAAAACCUUUAUUUGUCAUAAAAAAUAUAUUUAACACAAAAAUAUGCAGUAAAACACACAAAAAAUAACAUUUUAGUUAGAGAGCGAAGGACACACUCGGCCUUACUUGGAUGACUCAUCGGCAAAGAAUCUAGCAAGCUGUCAGGCCUUCUCUAUAUCAAGACAGUAAUGGGUAAGCUGCCUGAGAUGUGUGUGAGGCACUUCAACAAUAUAGAAUUAGGGCAUAAGGGAAAGUUUGUAUGUGUGUGAGGAGUGUGUGUGUGUGUGUUGUGAUGUGAGUGAGUGGCUCAAACAAAACAGUGUGAAGUGGACUGGACAUACAGGGAAUAUUUUGGGGUGAAUGAGUCAAGGUUAAAGAUGUAUAUUUUUAAUGAAUGCUGGUUUCUCAUAUAAUUAGGCUAUUUCUGUUUAAUAAAACUACUGUUGUUCCUUGUGUGGCUGAUUUGGGUCCUUUUUUUCACUGAAGUCCUUGGGUAGUGUUAGCAAUGAUUUGGCAACCCAGAUCUGAGGGAUAAAACUGGAGAACAGUUCUAGGGUGGAACACCAGUGAGGCAAGAAGGCGGAGAAAGGUUUGACAAAGAAGCAUGAAUGACACUAAAAAGGGCUUGCAUCACAAAAGAUUUAAUAGGAAACCAUCUCUUCAGUGCAUUUUGAUAUUGAUUUAUAGAAGAUAUACCUGCCUAAAUUCUUUUUUAGUUUAUUGAUAAAUACUUAAUUACCAAAGUUGAAUUGAAUGCAUGGAAAAUGGAUUGGAGUGUCUGCUUGUAUGAAUGUGUGACUGAGUUUUGUUGAGCUCAAUUGUUUACAGUUAUAAUGUUGUGGUUGUUUCAAACUGUGGAGUGUAGUUAGGUAACAAUAGGUCCGUUGGUUCAGUGUGUUUUCAUGUUGGCAAUUGGAAUUUUUCCAUUUUGUACAAGAAUAUCUUCUCUUCUCUGAGAUUACUCAACUAAACAGUGAAGGAUUUAUUUGCAACAUGUUUCUGAGACAAACUAGUUUCCUUGCUGUUGGCAGAUAGGUGCUUAAGGUGUAAGAUGCUUUGUGUUCCUUCCCAGCUUCAAAAUGAAGUGUCCAGCAAUGCCAACAAUGCAAAUAUGAAUAGCAUAUAUCCCAGACGAUGACACGGCCAAUGUCACUUCAGUAAGCAUGCUAAGUGAUGACCUGUGUCGAGUCUCUAAAAAUGUAUAUACAUGUAAUGAAGAAAUCACAAAUACUAUACUUAGAUUAAGCUUAACAGUACAGAACAUCUGCUAAUAUGUAGUUAAGAUGAUAUUUUCCUAUGUAAAUAAGAAUGUUAUUAAAACGGUUGUUUUG